GUGGAGGAGGAGGAGGAUUGGAAAUGAGCGAGUGGAGAGGAGCGGAGUGCGAGGAAACACCGCACAGAUGAAGGCGCCGUCGCUGAUAAUCAUAACAUAUUCCUCGGUCUGACUGUUGUUACGUACCAUAUCACGCUCUGCUCCUUCCUUCCACCGGGAGAGCGCUGUCGCUGCGGGGUCUUUCAUUUGGAGGGCUUCUCUGUUUUUCCUCCGGGAGACUGAAUGGAAGCGGCAGCGGAGGGAGCGGUCGGGCUGUCGGAGGCCAAGGACGGGAGCCCGCUAUCCGGGGACGCAGCAUCCGAUGAUGGGGACACGGUCGUUGGAGUUAGCUACGGGAUGGACACCGCAGACAUGGAUGCUGCAGCUAAGAAAGCCUUCAUCACAGAGAUGCCCUCAUCAUCAGGCCAGCCUGGUCAGGGAAAGAAGAUUGGCCACAGAGGGGUUGAUGCAUCAGGAGAAACUACUUACAAGAAGACCACAUCCUCCGCCUUGAAAGGUGCCAUCCAGCUGGGCAUUGGUUACACGGUGGGCAAUCUAAGCUCCAAGCCUGAGAGAGAUGUGCUGAUGCAGGACUUCUAUGUGGUGGAGAGCAUCUUUUUCCCCAGUGAAGGCAGCAACCUCACUCCAGCUCACCAUUUCCCAGACUUCCGCUUCAAAACAUAUGCUCCUGUGGCCUUCCGUUACUUCAGAGAACUUUUUGGUAUAAGGCCAGAUGACUACCUGUACUCCCUGUGUAACGAGCCCCUGAUUGAACUGUCUAAUCCUGGAGCAAGUGGUUCAGUCUUUUAUGUUACAAAGGACGACGAGUUCAUCAUCAAGACUGUGAUGCACAAGGAAGCUGAGUUCUUACAGAAACUGCUGCCUGGAUACUACAUGAACUUGAAUCAAAACCCUCGCACUUUGCUGCCCAAGUUUUUUGGCCUCUACUGUGUCCAGUCAGGCGGGAAAAACAUCCGCAUGGUGGUGAUGAAUAAUGUCCUUCCCCGCGUAGUACGCAUGCACCUCAAAUAUGACAUGAAGGGCUCCACCUACAAGAGGCGUGCGUCAAAGAAAGAGAGGGAGAAGGCUCGGCCCACGUUCAAAGAUCUGGACUUCAUGCAAGACUUACAGGAUGGACUGAUGCUGGACCAGGACACAUAUAACGCACUUGUCAAAACGCUACAGAGAGACUGCCUGGUGUUGGAAAGCUUCAAGAUCAUGGACUAUAGCUUGCUGCUCGGUGUUCACAAUAUGGACCAGGCAGAGAGGGAGAGGCAGAUGGAGGGCUCACAGGGUGACAGUGAUGAGAAGAGGCCCGUGGCCCAGCAGAAGGCCCUCUACUCCACAGCCAUGGAGUCCAUUCAGGGUGGAGCUGCCUGCGGAGGGUCCAUCGACACUGACGACACGAUGGGUGGUAUCCCAGCAGUCAAUGGAAAGGGAGAGAGACUCCUUCUGUACAUUGGAAUCAUCGACAUCCUGCAGUCCUACAGGCUAAUCAAGAAACUGGAGCACACGUGGAAGGCUUUGGUUCAUGAUGGGGACACUGUGUCAGUCCACCGGCCCGGCUUCUAUGCGGAUAGGUUCCUUAAGUUCAUGAGCAACACAGUUUUCAGGAAGAGUUCCUCUCUGAAAUCCUCCCCUUCUAAGAAGGGCCGCGUGUCAUUGAUGGUGCCUAAGUGCGCUGGUCCUGGUGCAGCCUGGUCAGCGAGCCAGCUGCCCUGUGAGAGGGAUGAGAACAUCUACGACCUGAGAGGAGCUCGUAGCUUUCCAACACUGGAGGAUGAGGGGCGGCCAGAUCUUCUUCCAUGUACUCCUCCAUCAUUUGAGGAAGCCACCACAGCGUCAAUCGCCACCACGCUGUCUUCUACCACCUCUCUGUCCAUUCCUGAGAGAUCCCCAUCUGACACAUCAGAACACACUCGCUACAGGCGGCACACCCAGUCUCUCAGCCAUGAUGUGAGGACCCAGGAGGAGCUGCGUGUGCGUGAGGAGGAUCAGCAGACCAUCACAGUGGAGGUGGAGUUAAAGAGACAUGACAGCGAGCCCACCAUCUCUGUUCCACAGCUUUCACCUGAAACCCGUGAGUUUCAGGAAAUAGUUGGCGCUGAGGCUCCUGACACCGCUGAUGUAGCAGCACCUUCCUCCAGUCCAUCAGUACCUGAGGCUGAGGCUGAGGCUGAGGCUGAGGCCUCCUCCUCGUGUGCCCCAGCUGCUACCUCCUCUCCUGGGGAAACAGAGGAAGCACCGUCCAGUCCCAGAUUGGUGGCGAUAGAGGCAGACCGGGCCAGCCAGAUGUCUGGGUCAGGCUGCACCAGCCAGGCUUCAGUUGAUGAUGAUGAAGAUGUGCCAGCCACAGAUAUCUACUUUCCUCCAGAGGACAGGACCUGGGUGUACUCUCCGCUACACUAUGGCUCAGAGUCAAAGGCCCUGCCAGAUGGGGAUUGGGAAAGAGAGACAUAAAACGCUGUUCUCCGGCAGAGAGGAGCGAGCUUCUCAGUGGAGAGAGGACGUCACCGGGUCUGACGUGCAGACCUCAGCAGUAGCAGCAGGAUCUCUGUCUGAACCAGGAUUUUCAACAAACAUGCAGAUGAUGAGGAUGAAGACACUUGAGGAAAAAAGAGACUGACCAAGAGAGGGUUUUGGGGGAUCCUGACAUUAUGACGAUGCCCCCACCUUCCACCCUUAACAAAAUGAAAAAUAUAUCAGUUUAAUGUUUGUAUGUGUGACAUAGUGCGCAUAAGGCGGUAGUCUUACAUGUUUACAUACAUGAGUAGACUGUAGGUUCUAAUUCAUACAAGCACAGCCCCCUAACAGGCUGUCGAUAGGCUUUUCCACUCACACACACUUGUGACAUAAGUGAGUAAGUGCCGCUUACUCACUCUGAAUUUCCACUUCAAAUAUUUAAUUGACUCAAUUAGACUGGGCCUCCAUCCAACCUUUUUAAAGCCUAUUUCUCACUACUCAAUUUAAGAAAUUACACAAUUAUAUCUGUUUUGCACAUUAUGUAGAAGGGCAGCUAUGUCCUAUGUAAUGCUGCAGCACUAAUCAUCAUAUACCUGGGAGAACAGGUGAUUAAAGCAGUCCCGGUCGCUUGUUCCUUUGAAUUGUGCAGAUUAGCUUUGCAUUUUAAAUUGUCCUGAGCCACGUGUGCCGUGAUCGCACAUUCGACCUCGCUCAUGUCAUCAUUAAUUACUUUUUUUAUGCAAAUCAUCAUCAGUAUAUCCACCUCUCCCCAGUGCUUAAUUUAUAAUACAUGUAUUAUUUAAAACUAUAUUAUAAGAUACAUUUUAAAUGCAAAAUUGAGGAUUAAUGCAGUGGUCUUGUGUUUCCAUCCAGGAUCUAACUUAUUAUAUUUAAGAUUUCCAGGAAUGUCACUGGAUUAAACAUACAGUGACUUUAUUGUUACACGUCAUAGAAACAGGGUUGUGUAUAUUUAUGUUGUGGUCUUCAGUUUUGAUUAUUUAAGCCUCUCAAGGAAAAAGAACAUUUCCAUGUACAAAUCAAAGUCUUAUCAACUUCAUAACAUUUGUCCUUGUGGUUUUUACCAAACUGGAAACUCAAAAGCUGCUGAUUUCUGAUUUCUGAUUGGAUGUUUGUGACCAAAAUGCCCUCAAAGAAUCAUUCUUAACUCCCUGUUUUACCACUUUUAUGUAGACAUGUGAGUGUUUAUCAAUGAAACCUGAUCUUUUCUAACACUUUUGUCUAUAUUUUGUACUGACUGUUCAACCAGGACCAUUUUCUGUCCAUCUAAGCCGUGGAAGUGCUCUUUAUCUUUGCCAGUGAAGAACAUUACUGUGGCUUUAACUUCUGAGGCUGUAGGAGUUUGUGUGAUAGCUCUCACAACCUCACAACUCCCACUAAAAUGUGCAUGUUAGUGUUUUAGAUGUUCCCUCCUCGUCACUGUCUGGACAUGCAGUGUGCCGCAGAGAGUGAGUGGUCAAGUCCGUGGCGUUAGAGGACUGUGCUUGUGAUCGUAGACCUGGAGUUACAGUGAUAACCAUCGUUAGACUAAUGAAAAGAGAUCAUCUAAUCAUCGUUACUGUACGUCAUCCUCACAUUCCCAGUAGUUUAGCGUGUAGAGGAGAUAUUUGACAGACAUUUCCUUUAGUCAAAAAACAAUGAUAAGACGUGGUUGGAAUCCAUUAUAGUUUAUAAAUGAUAUCAAAAGUUUUUGCAACUUUUUUUGUGUUUCUAAACAUUUCUUCAGCUUCUUUUUCUUUUUUUUACUGUGAACUUUAAAUUAUUUCGUCUGUAUUUUAUUCUUGUAUACACUGUUACGGUACACCUUUGUUUCCCCUCCAUUUGCAUCCAAAGAAAUUCAGUUUUUGUUUGAUCAUUUUAAGCACUGCAGCGUUUUCUUUGUUUUGUUUUCAUGUUGAGUUUGUUGUGUAUAUUCAGUGUUAACACGUUUUUUCACUACAGCUGAGGAUUAUGACUAUUGCCUUCAAAACAGAAGGCGGUGAUUACAACGUUAAGGCAGCAGACAUUGUUAGUCAGUACAGUAAUGUUCAUGUCUUUACAGUGUCUUCCAGUGUCACCCUACUUUUGGACAAGAUUCACUCAACUGUGUGUGUGUGUAUACAGUAUAUAUAUAUAUAUAUAUAUAUAUAUAUACAUAUGUAUGUACAAACAUUGAGGGCAAAGCUGUCAUUUGUAUCAGAGGAAUUUCACUUCUUUAGGUGGAAGAAUUAUCAGUGUAACAGUGACAUUUAUCUAUAUUUGGUCAACCUCACCUCCUGAUAGUAAGAAAUCUAUUGACUGGACAUUUAAAAAAAAAAAAAAAAAAAAGUAGAUGUAGAGCAACAGUUGUAGUGUUUGCGGUCAAUAUCGUACCCGUUAUUUGUAUAUUUGAAUCAACACGGUGCGUUGCGGUGAUGACUUGUUGAGACACGGCGGGUUUGUAAAUGAGUUGAAUGUUUGCACUUAAACCGAGGACCUAAAGAUGAACCAGUGAUAGAGGCCAAAUAAACAUUACGUUAUCGUAGCUUCUUUUCUUUUUCUUUUUGUUGUCAGUAUAUAGGAUCUUCUGCUCACACAGCCUGUUAUUUAGACAGUGUUUACCCUCUGGUGAUCAAGUGUGUGUGUGAUGGUGAAGUUGAUCACAGUCAUUGUAAGGUAAAUGUUUACUGUAGUCUCUCUGUGAUUCUAAAGGUACAGUGUGUAAAAGUGAGUAGCAUUUAUCGGUGAAGUAGUAUCCCUCACCUCAGCCUUCCCUUUCAAAUGUGUGGAAGGUUAACCUAUGUAGCCUUCAGAAAACUCGUCCAAACUCUAAACAUGUUUAGUUUGUCCAUUGUGGGCUACUGUAAAAACAUGGUGGUCCAAAAUCAGGUCAUUGUACACUUAUUUUAUCUUCAAUUACUGCCAAAUGAAAAUGAUUUCAUCAAAUUUGACACACUGUACCUUUAAGUUAAAGCUGCUUUAUCCCAGCUAAUUCCAGAAAGUGUUUUGUUUUUUUUUCUUGUUCACAUGUGUGUUUGUGUGUGUGUGUGUAAAGGGAGGACACGUCACUCAGAAAAAAGAACAUGGACAUUUAAGCAAACUUUAAAAGAAAUAAAAAUAAAAAAAACCUUCACUUGGUAACAGUCACGUUAACCAAGUUCAUUUAAACUAAAGUUGGCAAGUUAUAUGAUGACACAACAGGCUAACUUUAGUUAGAACUGAUACAUGUAGGUGUUACCAUUUCAAGUCAUUUUUUCAGUGCAGUGUCACACGGUGUAAAAUAGAAAUCAGCUCAUUGUCAUGAUGUGCAGUGGCCAGUUGUUAUCAGUUAGCUGUCGUUCAUCACAUGGAGACCAUAGCAGCAAUAUUUUGUACAGUCUUGCUUUUGAGUUCAUUUUAAUUGCCUUAUUGAGAGAUUUUACACGUAGAUCCAUUGUUGCUAUAUUUUUUUUCUCUCCACGUGUUGUUGUAUUUAUUUCCUUUGUCAUAGUUGUGCUCCCGAGAAUGUGUACAUAAAAUUAUAAAUACAUAUAUAAAGAUAUACAAAUAUAUUUUCCAUUUGAAUUGGAGAAUAUUAUUUUUAUUUGGUUUUAUUUUUGCUGCUGGGCAAGAAAUGAUUGCAAUCUACAUAAUUUCCUGUAUCAUACUCUUCAGUGUGUUUAUUGAGAUGCAGCUGCUGUAUAUUUAUGUUCUAUAAACUACAGCUGUUUCUCUGUAAGAUAUCUCAAACAUGGAAAAAGAAUUUUAGGUUAUACAUGUACAUGCAAAUCAAUAGGGAUUCUUCCAACUGUUCAGCUGUGUUGUGUAUGUGUUUUCAAUUCACCGUGUGCCCUCAUCCGGUAGGGAGAGUCCUUUACAGAGACAUAGCAUGAUUUCAAAAAACGAAUAUGCAUAUCAGAAAUGUGUAUUUAUGUAUAUCUGUGUAUAUUCAUCUAUUUAUACGUGAGGAUAAAUAGAUGGUUGUAUGUGUGUGUGUGUGUUUGGACUCAAUCAGAAUGAAAACAAAAUAAAGCAGUUCUAUGAAUUGUUGUCCAUGGACAUGUCAUGGAUGUGGUGUUGUAUCUUCAUUCAUUCUUUGUUUGUCAAAAUCUUGAAUACAUCUGUUCUGAAAUGGAAACGACUCACUUGUACCAGUAAUCGUUGUUAAGGGAUACAGUUUUUGUUCAGUUAACUUGAGAGACUGAUCAAGAUUGACUGAAGUCAUUUCUACCAGUGGAUUCACAGGUCAUAGUGGUCAAAUUAGUAAUGGAGUGAUCAAGUCUUCAUUAUUGUCAAAAAAAAUAAAUGGACAAACAAA